AUGGCUCGCGCUGACGACCCAAGAUCCAAACGACAGAGCCAUGGAUCAAAGGUUCAGACCCUCCACGGGACCAGAAAUGUGGUUAAGGACUGUCUUACCGCUCUACCCGAUGGCCUCUUCAACGGCUUCAGGAAACUUCGAACGCUGCAGCUGCAGAGCAAUCAGCUGGUGAGACUUCCGCCAAAGCUGUUUCAGAAUUUGAGCUCCUUGGAGUUGCUGAACUUGAGUCGAAAUGCACUCGAAGAACUGCCUCCCAGUCUUUUUGGUGGACUGAACUUGUCAGUGAUCGACUUGAGUCACAACAAGCUGAGCACGCUCAAUGCUACGCAGUUCGACCUGGAGAACCUCACCACCUUGGACUUGCGCGGAAACCGGUUGACUGACGCCACGCGGGAGGACCUGGCACGCCUCAAGGGCACCUUCACGUGCGACAGCAGCACGGCAGAGUUGGCAGUGGAGUACUUGCGGCAAGUGUUGGAUGAGCCUUGGCACGGCAAUGUGCUGCUGUCCUGUGGUCCACACAAGUUGGAACCCAAACAGCGGCUGCAGGAAUUCAAUGCCGAUUUUGUGUUCGCGAACUAUUCGUGGCUCAGUUCCGGACCUCCAAUUAAUAUCGCAGCAACAGAACUGCGAGGAAUCACUAUCGAACAGUUGUCUUCUUUGCUGGUCUUUGUAGAAGACGUUGCCUCCAGCUGGUGCGAAGCACACCACUUGGGAUACGGGCAGCCUUUGUCUUUUGAGGCCUUCAAUUUGUACCAUGCGAAUUUCUGGGUCAUUGGACCUGCUACAGCCGGUCACGGAAGAGGUGGCUGCAGCUACGUCGAGCUGGUGGCCACCUCGGCUCAGAUGCAACGACCCUUGUGGUUUGUCUCCCACGCUUGGCUGGAGCCGGUGUGCAAGUUCGUGGCGUGCCUCAAGUGUCACGCUUCUUUGCAUCAGCUGCCCGAUCAAACGGCUUACUGGGUGUGCGCCUACGCCAACAACCAGCAUCAGCUGGAGAAUGAGAUUUGCAACAACCCCCGGAAGACGUCCUUCUAUCGCGCCAUCCAGUUGUGCGCUGGGGUCUUGCUAGUCUUGGAUGAGAACGCCACACCCUUCACUCGGAUUUGGUGUUGCUUUGAAGAGUCCAUUGCAGUGGAAGAACGCAACAAGGGGAACCCUUUGCUGCUGGAUGUGGCGGCCACAGAGAACGGACGUGCCCAUGUCAUCACCGACGGCCUGGCGGGCGCCGAGCAGGAGAUGAUGCCGUUGCUUGGGUUCUUGGCGAAGAGUCGACGAGAGGCGGAAUUCCCCACCGAAAUUCUGAUGAAGGGCUUGGAUGUCAACAUUGCCAGCGCUAUGGCAAGUGAACCCUCAGAUAGGACCAAAAUUCUAAACAGCAUACGACUACCUCGAGCAGGGACUGUUUUUCUUGAACAAGAAGCCCGAGACGCUCAUGAAAGUUAUGAUGCAGUGGGCCGUGCGCUAGCUGGGCACUUCGCCCUAGCCAAUUGGCUCUUAACAGCUCUGCAAAACGACGAGAAGCGACGUGUGGUGCAGCUCUCCUUGACGGGAUGUUGCAACUUGACCACAAAAGAGUGCUGCAGACAUCCAACGAUGUCCACCAGAAAAAGAAUUGCUGGGCAAAAAAUGAGGUCUAGAGUCUAA